AUCAAAAAUGACUGUCUAUAUUUUAUACAAGGGUCUUACCCGACCAUAAACAAGAAUAUAAUUUUUAUUCGCGAGCAUAUAAAUGUAAUGUUCCCUGUGCCCUAGUUUAAUACUGUGUAGUAUAACUAGCAGUGAUGAAAUCCAUAGUGAUUCUGAUUUCUUUAAUUGGUAUAACACUCCCUCUGGCAUACUCUCGUCAUGUACCGUUUUAUAGACGAGACUACACAUACAUUGAGCAAUACGAUGCCUUCUAUAAACUACACUGGGACCUGAGUAGAAUCAGCUGGAACUUGGCUUUCUUGGCCUGCGAUGACGAAGGCGCCACACUGUUCUAUCCGAAAAUCAAAGGAGAAUGGGCUUUGGUGAAGAACUUGACUGACAAAAUGACAGAAGUACCAAAUGUGACAGACAUAUUUGUUGGAUUCCACAACGAAUUUGACUUAGGAGAGUUUAUUACGGUUGAUGGUCAAUCAACACCAUAUCCACUUGAUGUUAACAGUCCUCAGAGUGGUCCGAAAGUGGACAACUGCGUGACAAUGAAUAUAAACAACGGCGAGUUUCAUGAAGAUGUUUGUAUUCGCGCAGAGAAUACGCCUUUACCAUUCGUGUGCAAAAAAACUGACGACGAAUCAUGCCCAACCAUUGACCGCGGUUACAAAUAUAUAAAAUCCUCGCAGAAAUGUUACAAAGUGAAUAAUAAGCCGCACAUGUGGCAGGAGGCUAUGAAGACUUGUUUCAUGGAAGGUGGAACACUGGCAGUCAUAGAAGACAGUGCACAAGCGCAAGAUAUUUAUAACAUGAUCGAUAGCCGUUUUUGGUAUUUUGUAGGCGUUCGAAGACUUUUCUCCCAAAGUGAUUACUACACAGUGAAAGGUCAAAAAUUCAUCGAUAUGUACAAACACCAAUACAACGAUCAGAAUGCUGAUUGUGGCACAGUCGCAGCUGGUGAUGGGGGAAAUCUUGCCACUUCCACUGAUGAUUGUGGCCAAAGGCUACCGUUUAUUUGCGAGAUGGAAGCACAAUAGUAUACUUUUUAUUAAAUUUUUUGUGCUAAUCAGAAGGCGUAGUACGUGUUUGUUUUACGUGUGCUUGCGUGCAGCACUCUGAUUGGUUGGUUCAUUCGCGCCGGCCAAUCAAAGCGCCGAACGCACUCUCGUUUCGUUUUCGUUCGACGUAAAGCAAACUAAUACUAUGGGUACAGUGCAACAAAAUAAAGUUUUUUGUAUAAUAAUGUAUUAAUUUAAUUUUAUUGAAACCUUUUUUGCCGCUCUUGAUGUCAAUGAGUUACUAGUUAACAUUUCAUAGUUUUUUUUAAUGUUGCCCCACAUUAGGCCUUUUCUUGUGUCGUAGGUGCGUUUACAACAAGUUCACAUACACAUGCCACUCAGACCCGAAAUAACAAUUUGUAGAAUUUAUCUUCUAUUUAUUUUCAGCAUUUUUCGAUUCUACGAUCUUUUAUUAUUUGUUAUGUGCUAUGUAUAUUUUUAUCGAUCUUCCUUAAUUGUCUUUACGAUCCUUACCUACAUUGAAAAAUCGAAAAUAUUUUUGAAACCAAAUGAUUAUAUGUACCUUCUUCUAGUUUUAUUGAAUAAAACAUUUAUACCCAAUCAC